AUGCGUGUGCCAGCACUUGCAUGUCAGACAACAGCAGAUCAUGUUCCCCCUGUUUUUGUCUCAUUGCAGGACUGUACGUUUUUCACCCGCAAAGAAAUUCUGCGGUUGCACGGCAGAUACCAUGAGUUGGCUCCACAUCUUGUACCAAUGGACUACACCAAUGAUCCUGACUGCAAACUGCCUUUAGCCUUGAUAGUCAACAUGCCAGAGUUAAAGGAAAAUCCAUUUCGCAACAGGAUUGUAGAGUCGUUCUCAGAGGACGGGAUGGGGAAUCUUAGCUUCAAUGAAUUUGUGGACAUGUUCUCAGUCCUCAGUGAAAUGGCUCCUAGAGAACUCAAGGCCAUUUAUGCUUUCAAAAUAUAUGAUUUCAAUGUGGAUAAUUACCUGUGCAAGGAGGACCUGGAAAAGACUCUGAAUAAACUGACUAAGGAAGAGUUGACUCCUGAGGAGGUGGAGCUGGUGUGUGAGAAGACCAUCGAGGAGGCCGAUUUGGACGGAGACAACAAACUCUCCUUUGCUGACUUUGAAAAUAUGAUAUCAAGGGCUCCCGACUUUUUAAGUACCUUCCAUAUACGAAUAUGAGAGGGCUCCAUGGAGGGUUUUCAAGGUCAGCAGUGUGAUGAACCUCAGGACUCUACCUGAACCAUGUCCUGGCCACAGCAGGACUCUACCUGAACCAUGUCCCGGCCACAGCACAGUGCCUCUCUCACACUCCUAUUGUCAAAAAAAAAAAUCACACAUCAGUGCUCACCUGCCUCGGUAGAGUCUGCUUAGUUAGAAAGAAUAAUACUGACUAAGGCUGAAUUCCCAGAACCCUGAAUUUCUUAUUUGUAGAUGAAAAUGUGUUUUCCUUUUACCACAUACAGAGGGCUUGGCCUAGCUUGCCACUGUUCCUCAUUUUAAGGUUGAAAAUGGGAAACGAAAAAAGUCUAAAAUGAGCUGGCCUCUGAAUUGCCACUUAUUGAGCACAUUUGAGAAUGCAUAAAAUGCUUAUCUACCUAUAUUACACGUCUUCCUGCAGUGACACAUUAGAUAUAAGG